AUGCAGCACCUGCCAAUACCGCCAUUUCGUUCAUCGCAAUCAGCUGCACAUCAAUUUUCUAGACAUCGCUGUUUUGUCGCCAACAUCAUAAAACGAUUAAUUGCCGAAAAAAAUCAAGAAAUUGAGACGUCGCCGUCGCACUUAUUCGAGCAGUUCAAGCAGUUCUCCAACAAGCAUGAUAUCUUUGAAUUGCAAGCACAAGGUGUUAAUCUCACAUACGAUAACACGUUUGGAGGUGAGGUCAAUGACCCGGACGCUAAUGACCCGAAGGCUAAUGACCCGGCGGCUAAUGACCCGGAGGCAAUCAUAGAAUCAGCCGAUCUACAUUUGCCUGAAGUUGCUGUUUUUGAUGAAGACACGGCUAAACUGUUGGGGGAGAGUGCUGCAUCUUCGGAAGGUUCUUUCACUUUCCAUGCCGAACUUUCAAAUCGCGUCAAGCAGUGGAUGCAGGACGGCAUCAGAAAAGAUGAUAAAAUCAAUUUAUUUAGAACUUACCCACGCAAAGGUAGUGUGUUUCUAGAAGCUCCUACCCUUAACCCGGAGAUAGAAGCUACAGUUAGUGACACUGUUAGAAAAAGAGAUAAAUUUUGCGCUGCUGACCAAAACAUAGUUGGUUCAGCUAUCUCGGCCAUUGGGGUUGGGCUUUCUUUAUUGCUGGUUAAGAAAAACUUUGAUAAAGACGAUAGAGAUAUGUUGAUUAAGUAUGAAUUAGAUGCUAUGAAACUUCUGUCUGAGGUCCACCUACAGGCAACGAAGACGCGGAGGGUUUAUAUAUACCUAGUUUGGCUUGUCAUUGAAGCCAUUUUCUCAGGUCAAAAAGCCAUUUUUGAAAGCUUCCUCAGCGGGAAACUGGCGUGGCCCGUCUGGCAGGAAUUCAAAUUUUCAUCAGGCGGGCAACAAAUUCAGAAACAAUUACCGGCCAUUUCAAUCGAAGAGCCAAGGCUUUCAGAAAACACAGGGUCAGUUUCGAGCUCGUCACAAUGCAUCAAACCCCCGUCAAAAAUAGUAACGGUAAGCAAGUUAGCAGGACGUUUAAAAUCACUCCUGAGUGCUUGGUCCAAUAUUACUUCAGACAAAUUUGUUUUAGACGUAAUUAAAGGUUAUAAAUUGAAAUUUAUAAAUCCACCACACCAGUCUGUUAUCCCAAAGAUACCUAUUGACAAGUCAGUGGAAUUUGAUUAUAAGGAGGCCAUAAAUAAUUUAGUUGAGUUAGACAUUCGUACGGCAAUUAAACUUUUGUCUCAGGAUUCUUUCAUGGCGAAGCUGGACUUGCAAGAUGCAUAUUUUAUGAUUUCUAUACAUCCGGAUAGCAGAAAAUAUUUAAGAUUCAUUUGGAAGGAUCAAUUGUAUGAGUUUGUCUGUCUUCCGUCUGGAUUGUGUACAGCUCCAUUGAUUUUUACAAAAAUCAUGAAACCUGUGGCGCACUGCUUGAGAGAGGAGGGCAGGAUUUUGGUCGUAUAUUUGGACGAUUGGUUAUGUUUUGGUUCUGAUUUCCAUUCCUGCAGUAGAAAUAUUUUACGAACGGUAGAACUCCUAGAAUUCUUAGGUUUAAUAAUAAAUUAUCGAAAGAGUAUUUUGGUACCAAAAAACCGUUACGAGUUUUUGGGUUUUGUAUUAGAUUCAAAAACGUUAACUCUAGAGCUCCCUGAGAGAAAACGGGACAAAAUGCUUGGUCUCAUCAGAGAGUUCAAGUCUAAGAAUGUAUGUAAAAUCAGGGAGUUUGCUCAAUUUGUGGGCAACAUAACAGCUUGUUGUCCAGCAGUGGAAUACAGUUGGGUUUACUCAAAAUUUUUUGAAAGACAAAGAUAUUUAGCAUUAGUUAAAAACCACGACAAUUACGACGCUAGAAUGUUUGUUACAAAAGAUAUUCAAGACGAUUUUGUCUGGUGGGAAAGAAAUAUCACUCAGACAAGUAACUCGAUCAAAACUUUCAAUUUUAAAAAAGGAAAUUUUUUGAUGCAUCAACUUCUCGUUGGGGAGCAUACUUGGUGCGAAGCGAGACAAUUGUGGAUAUAUGCUUCCUACAUCGCGUCAAAAGAAAACAUAGAAGCCAAUAGAGGUUCUAGAGUUCGAAACGCUGACACAAAAUGGGAACUUUCACCUGAUGUUUUUAAUCGUAUCAACAAUCAUUGGGGUACGUUCCAAAUUGAUCUAUUCGCAUCGCGGAAUAAUGCAAAGUGUUGUAUGUACUGUUCGUGGCAUCGCGAUCCAGAGGCAUUUAGCAUUGAUGCUUUUACUCUUGAUUGA